AUGCCUGCCCCAGUCGAAGUCGUCGAUCCCGUCUUGCCCGUCCGCGAUCUCGAGGCUGACGAGGAAUACGUGAUGGUCGCCUUUGAGCGUCAUGCGAGCCACUGCACUCGAUGCGCAGAUCCCCUCAGAGCGCGCAAAGAUGACCGCUCUCUUUGUGAGCGUGGACACCAAUACGCCGUCGACGUCGCCGACUACCUUUACAGCAAGAACGGAAAGUCAUACUCGACCCUCGACCGUGAGCGCAACCAGCCUACUCUCGUCAAGAUACCCCGCGACUGCCGGGCUGUCCGCGCACUGCUCCUCGCCAUUGAAGAUGUCCGAAAGGACACCUUUGCAAAAACCCAAAACAAACGGGGAAAAUCCAAGAAAGUGAAUAAAAAAAAGGUGGUGUUUACAACAAGUUGCAAGUAUAGUUUGUUGGAUUAUUCGGUUGCUGUGAUUGGAAGAGGAUAUGCAUGCAGGGAUUGUCCUCCUCCGCACACCCUCAACAGUGCAUGCCAUUCAUUGGAGGAUCCUUUUUCCUAUGUUUACUAUGAAUCUAUGACUCGAUGUAAUUAUGAAGAUUGUGGAGAAAACAUACACAAAAAAAGAAAAAAAAAAUUCUUUCAUAGAAUGACCUUACUUUGUAUGUAA